GGGUUUACGCUCCACCCCGAUAGACGUCGCGAUUGAAGAAUACAGUUCAGUUGAGUCAACACACAGAGAGCGAGUGACAGCACACGCCGGUAUCUCUCUGAAACAGAAAGUUCAACGUGUUUUAUUUGCGUUUAAAGAUGAAUAGACCGAUGAAACGACCGAGAGAAGAUCAAGAUGAAGAGUCUGUGUGGGACGUGAAACGGGUUCAUAAUGAAGAUUUUAUGCGCUGGGGCGUUGAUGAAACAAUCGCAUUUCUCCAGAGAGAGGGACUCGAAGAAUGGGAACAAGUCUUCAGAGAACACAAAAUAUCAGGACAUGGGCUACUAUGCAUUACGGAGGUACAUUUGGAAAAGAUGGGCAUUUCCCCUCUGGGUUCUCGUCUGAAAGUUCUCCACUGUCUUCAGAAGCUCUGGCAAAUCUCAAAUGAUGACAUGAAGGUUUUCAAUGACCCCAUCCAUGGCCAUAUUGAAAUGCAUCCUUUACUAGUCCGCAUCAUAGACACGCCUCAAUUUCAGAGGCUUCGUCAUAUCAAACAGCUGGGAGGAGCUUACCUAGUAUUCCCUGGGGCUUCACACAACCGCUUUGAACAUUCAAUUGGAGUGGGAUAUUUGGCAGGAUGUCUAGUACAGGCUCUUAAUGAGAGACAACCGGAGCUACUCAUCACAAGGCAAGACACUCUUUGUGUCCAGAUUGCUGGGCUGUGCCAUGACUUGGGUCAUGGCCCUUUCUCUCAUAUGUUUGAUAGCAUGUUCAUCCCUAAAGUUCAACCUGGAGAGAAAUGGAAGCAUGAGAUGGCCUCAGUUCAGAUGUUUGACCACCUUGUGAAGGUAAAUGAUCUUGAAAAGGUGAUGGAACAGCACGGGUUGACUCUUCCCGAUGACCUUAUAUUCAUUAAAGAACAGAUUGCCGGGCCCCUGGAUGCAUCUAUCCUAGACACUACGCAAUGGCCAUAUAAGGGCAGACCGAAGGAGAAAUCAUUCCUGUAUGAAGUAGUGGCUAAUAAAAGGAAUGGCAUUGAUGUAGACAAAUGGGAUUAUUUUGCUCGAGACUGCUAUCAUCUUGGUAUACAGAACAAUUUUGACUAUCAUCGUUUCCUCAAGUUUGCCCGAGUGUGUGAAGUAAGAGGAAAAAAGCACAUUUGUACCAGAGACAAGGAAGUUGGUAAUCUCUAUGACAUGUUUCAUACCCGGAACUGCCUUCAUCGGCGGGCGUAUCAGCAUAGAGUGGGCAACAUCAUUGAGACAAUGAUCACAGAGGCCUUUGUAAAGGCUGAUCCUCAUAUCAAGAUCCAGGGCUCCUCAGGCAAGAUAUUUACAAUCUCUUCAGCUAUAAACGACAUGGAGGCCUACACCCAACUUACAGAUCAUAUAUUUGAGCAGAUUCUGCACUCAUCCACACCGGAACUGGCUGAUGCACGUGCAAUCUUAAACAACAUCGUCUGUAGACGUUUGUACAAAUGUGUGGGUCAGACCACACCAGAGACACAUGUGGAUGUGUCACAGGAAAAACAGCUUGACUGGGCAAAAGAAGUGGCCAAUUGCAAACCCAGUGGCGUAGAUGAAAACCUAAUGCCUGAGGACUUUGUAGUCAGUGUCAUUCAAAUGGAUUAUGGAAUGAAGGAGAAAAACCCCAUCAACAACGUCCACUUCUACUGUAAAAAGGAUCCCAGUAAAGCCAUCAAGAUUCGCAAAAACCAGGUGUCCAAACUCCUGCCGGAGCGGUUUGCUGAGCAGCUUAUCAGGGUGUACUUUAAAAAGACUGAUGACAGGAGCCUGGAAGCUGCCAGAAAGUGUUUUGUCCAAUGGUGCAUGGACAAAAACUUCAAUAAACCACAGGAUGGAGAUAUAGUUGCUCCAGAGCUCACCCCCCUUAAAAAAAACUGGCAAACCAAUGAAAGAGACGAUGAAGACAGUGAGAUAGAUGAUGAUGAUAAAGAUGAGUACACUGAUAUUACAGAUAAAACGCCCAAAAAGACUGGUCGUAACGUAAAAGUGAGCCUUUUUCAAGCUUAGUUGCUCUUUGUUGAACAACUUGACUGGGAAUUUUUUCUCAUAGCUAUAACUUUUUAUGACAACUGUGCUUUUCUUAAACAUGAGGAAAUCCAAAGGCAUUGGGUAGAAAUGCUCACCAGUCUGCCAGUAUUCAAUCUCAAUAGUAGGUCAAAGCUAAAAAAAAAAGGAAAUUGUUUUGAAAGUUGUUUUGAAGGUUUUGUGUAAUAUUUAGCAUUAUUGUUGAUAUGCUUUUGCCUUUUUUAUGCCACUGAGUGAACUAUCAUGUUUAUUUCUUAAAUUGUUUUAUUGUGUUUCAGUGAUACCAGGUCACCAAAAAGCAGUUUGUAUUUAAAACUUAUUUUUAUUAUUUAUUUUAUUAUUUUCCAACCUGACUGUUACUGUGUUUCCCAAAACAUAUUUGUAAAUCUUUCACAGUAAAAAUGAAUGUGAAAGCA